AAGUUAGACAAAUCAAACCAAAGUUUUUAUUUAUAUUUUAUAGUUAUAGGCAUGCUAUACACAAAGUGUUAUUAUUUACUAGACUAGAUCUAGAAUCUAGAUAUCAUGUCUGUUUAGGAGUCUAAAUCUAUUAGAAUCUAGAUAUCUAUCUCGACAUAUAGUCUAGGCAUCGCCCAAAUUUUUUGUCUUAAUAAUGCAAGUUUCACAUGCAAACAACGUUAAAAUAUACAAUUUAAGUGCAGGAAAAGCACUACCAGAAUGGCUGACAGACAGGCAAAAAAGAAAACUUCAACAUAAAGACGAUGAUGUUAGAAGGCGUUUGGAGCUUAUACAAGACUUUGAAAUGCCAUGUGUUAGUAACUGUGUCAAAGUUUCGCCAGAUGAACAGUUCAUUUGUGCUUCAGGGACAUACAAACCAAGGUUUCGUUGCUAUUCUGUUCAUGAACUUUGUCUUAAAUUUGAACAUGGGCUUGACUCAAAUGUUGUAAAUUUUCAGUUUUUAUCUGAAGACUAUAGCAAGGUUUGCUUUCUUCAAGAUGACCGCUUUGUGGAAUUUCAUUCUCAAUUUGGAAGAUUAUUUCGAAUGAGACUUCCAAAAUAUGGCAGAGACUUAGCUUAUUACCCACCUUCCUGUGACAUGUACUUCGUGGGUGUUAGCCCUGAAAUAAAUAGAAUCAACUUGGAGAAAGGCAGAUUUAUGAAACCACUUGUGUCAACAGCCACAGAGAUCAAUUGCUGUGAAUUCAAUCCAGUCAACUAUCUAUUUGGAUGUGGCACAAAGCUGGGACACUUAGAUUGCUGGGACCCAAGAUCAAGAGGAAAUGUUGGGACGUUGGACAUAGCUACCAGCAAUUUUGUACAAGAUUUCAAUAUACAAGAAAUUCCUGAAAUCACAGCUAUGAAAUUUAGGAAUGAUGGCCUAACUGUUGCAUUAGGUACAAGUACAGGUCAUAUACUGUUGUAUGAUUUGAGAGCCCAGAAGCCAUUUCAUGUCAAGGAUCACAAUUAUGAAUUGCCCAUAAAGUCAAUAGAAUUUGAAGAUUCUCAAAAUUUAGUUUUAUCCAUGGACAGCAAAAUUUUAAAAUUAUGGAAUCGGAACACAGGCAAACAUUUGACAGCCAUAGAGCCAGGUGUCAAUCUCAACCAAUUGUGUUUAGUACCAAACUCAGGUCUCCUAUUUCUGGCUAAUGAGGCUCCUAAAAUUCUGACCUACUUCAUUCCAGCUUUAGGUCCUGCUCCAAAAUGGUGCAGUAGUUUAGACAGUAUGACAGAAGAACUGGAAGAGAAAACAGAAAGCUCAGUUUAUGAUGACUACAAAUUUGUGACAAGAACUGAGUUAGAGGAAUUGGGUUUGGAGCAUCUUAUAGGAACUAAUCUUUUGAGAUCUGUCAUGCAUGGGUUCUUCAUAGAUAUCAGGUUAUAUCAUAAGGCCAAGGCAAUGUCAGACCCAUUUGCAUAUAAUAAUUAUAGAAAGUCCAAAGUUAGAGAAAAAAUUGAACAGGAACGAGCAAACAGAGUACAGCUCAAGAAGCUACCUGUUGUUAAUAAAGAGUUGGCUCAAAAACUGAUGGAAGAAGAUGAAGCUCAGAAAGCUAAUCCAAGAAAACGUGUGAAUAAAGCUGUUUCAAGUAUUCUUAAAGAUGAUCGUUUUGCAGCUAUGUUUAAUAAUCCUGAUUUCCAAAUUGACCCUGAAUCUGAAGAAUACAGAUUGAUCAACCCUGUCAUGUCAAAACUAGACAAAGCAAGAAGAAAACGAGAGGAAAAAUAUGCUCUUGCCAAGCAAUUCAAGCCAGUUGAGGGAGAGGAUGAACUAGAAGGCCGACCAAGUGAUGAAGAAGGCAGCAGUAGCUCUGAAGAUGAACACACAUGGGCUGAAGAGGUUCGAAAGGAGCACAGAAAAGUGACACAGGAAAGGAAAAUGAAAGAACAGAUGCUGCAAAGGGAAGAAAAGAGGAAAAUGAGAUUGUUUGAACUAAAGGAUGGAGAAGAGCUAGGUGUCAAAAGUGAUGUAAACAAGAAAAAAGAAGCAAAGAAGUCCCUUGCAGAAAGACUUGAAGCUACAGACAAACCUUUGGCUGGUGGUUCAAUAGGUAACAAAGAAAUCACAUUUUCACUCAAAAAGGAAAAGAAAGGCAAUAAGUUGGUAGAGGAAAGAAAUUUACAUCAUUCAGAGAGACGAAAACUUAAAAGAGCUGCUGGGACACUUUUAGAAAAACCCAAAAACAAAUUUUGGAUGGGGAAAAAAAUUUAAUAGUUUUAAUUAAAUUGGUGAAAAAGUUGGUAUGUGUGUUUGUAUGGUGUUGUGUUUAUGACUAAACCAUUAUCUUUUUUUUUUUAGAACAAGAUGUAAACGCAAUAUUAUUGAAAGUGUCUAUAAAAACAUGAGCCUUUGUUUAUAUGAAUAAAAUGAUCAAUAAAAUAUAUAUGUAUAUAUAUAA